CAUUUGGAAGGUGUCCAAAGUCUAGUUUACAGUUUGGUUUGGUUUGGUGUAACAAAUAGGCUAAGUAGCAAUCGACCAUUACAUAACGUUUUUCAUAGCAUGUAGACUUUUCAAAUCAAAUUUGCUUAGUGUGUAGUUUGAAAAUUAGCCAAAUAAUAAGUGCCUUUCUAGUACCAAACGCCUCAUGGAUCUAUCAACAAUUUACUUGUUAUUGACUCUUUUAAUAUUUUCUCUUGGUUUGGCUUUGCCAUCAAACAACAACACCUUGCUAUUACUAGUUUCUUUUGAUGGGUUUAGGUACGAUUAUUUUAAUAGGAACCUUACAGAAAAUCUACUAAAUUUAAAAACGAAUAGCUCACACUCUCCUUACAUGCUAAGCGUUUUCCCCUCAAAGACAUUCCCAAAUCACUUUUCCAUUGCAACUGGACUCUAUACUGAAGUGCACGGGGUUCUGGAUAAUAAAAUUUAUGAUGUUUCAACCAACAAAUCCAUAGGUUAUGGACCUGAGUUAUUUCACUACAAUGAAGAUGUUGUUCCAAUUUGGAUUCUGAAUGAGCGUGGUGGUGGAGGUCGGCGUAGUGGUUGUGUUAUGUGGCCGGGCUGUGAUCUACCUUAUCAACAUACCUUGCCUUCCCACUAUUUCACAUACAAUGUGUCAACCAGCUGGGAGUCACGAGUAGACACUCUCAUCAGCUGGUUCACUCAUCCAGAGACACCCAUCAAUCUCGGUGUAAUGUACUUUGAGCAGCCAGAUCUCACUUGUCACAGCUACGGCCCCGAUUCACCCGAGGUUGAUCGUCAGAUUGCUCGGGUGGACAAAAUAGUGCAAUAUUUACUGGACAAAGCUGUAGAGGUGGAUUUAUUGCAUCGGUUAAACAUUGUGUUCGUGAGUGAUCAUGGCGGCCAGGCUGUCCCAGUACCAAGCCACAACAUUAACUUGGACACUUACAUCAAUAGGAACUUAUAUAUCCGUGGUGGCGUGGCCCCAAACCUACAGAUCUUUCCAGUGCCAGGAAAAGAAGAGGAAGUAUUGUCAACAUUGAAGGAUGACCAAAGCAGAGGGGCUAACUUCACUGCAUACACAAAAGCAGAGAUGUUGGAUAGAUGGAGAUACAAGCACUGCAAUCGCACACCCCCUAUCUUGCUGUGUGCUGAUUUAGGCUACCUGUUCCUGGAUCCAGACCACCAAUACCCCAUAAAAUCUCCUGAGAUUGGCAAUCAUGGUUAUGACCCGUUGGUUCCUUCAAUGAGAGCUUUCUUCAUGGCAGUUGGACCUGAAUUCAAGAAGAAUUUCUCUGUUCAACCAUUUGAGAACAUCAACAUAUACCCCCUUGCAGCUCACAUCCUGGGAAUUCCGUUACCAACACUUAAACCCAAUGGAAGCAUUUCUUUCUUGAAGGACGUAUUGGUAUCCAGUAAACCCGAACAAGACCAUAAUAUCUUCAUAUACUUAGUUGUUGGAGUUAUUGCUGGAGCUUUGGUUGUAAUCUUUGCUAUUGGAGUGAUUCUUUACUGGAGAAAAAUGCAUUGUAAAGAUCAGUCAAGGAGACCUUUAGACGUUGCUUACAGAGAGUUGAGUCAAACUGCUGAUGGUAAAGAAGAAGAAACACCUUUAUCAGACAAUCAAGAAGAUGACCCAAACUCGUAACAAUCUUAGACUAGAAUUUUAUAUUGUUUUCUAGUUAUCGGUAACUUGUUUUCAUUGAGAGUGUUAAAUUUACUGGCGGUUUGUCUCUAAAUUAAUCACAGUACCUGUAGAUGAUAUUGUUUGAAAAAGUGAUUUGAGAUUUCAAAAACAAUACUCGUAUAGCUUGUCAAAUAAAUUUAACCGCUUAGGUUAAAAAAAGAUUGGUUAUACAAGUCGAGCCUGAAUAGUAAUAGCCUAAACUUUAUCUAAUGGAAAGCUGUGUGUUUAUAGCGUGUGAUGUAGAAAUACUAUUUACUUUUUUUUAUCAAAAAUCAUUCUAGCUUUUAAUCUCUAGUAAUAGGUUUAUCAAUAAAAAUAAAACUAGAGUUUUGACUGUACAUUGAAUGGGUUUAUACAAUGUUUAGGGUUUACAUGUUUUACACAUUAGAGAAGGCAAAUGAGUCUUUGUAUAUUUUAAUCUUUUUAUUUGUUUGUGUGAUUGCACAUGUUCACUUAUUUAUUCAUACCAUACUCCAUGGCUAAAAAAAAACACCAUUGCUGAAGAAAAUUAUUGGUAUCUUGAUGUCACUAAAAUGAUUUUACCUAACCCGCCAUUACAGUAUAACUUCCCUAUCCCAAGCGUGAUGAAUACAACUUCUUUACUUCACGAGUGAAGUGUUUUAAAAACUCACUCGGUGAAGUAAUGAAAUCCAUUUAAAUAACAUUGAGUGCUCAACUUAAAAAAUUAUACCUCUUUGGAGUCAACAACGUAUAACGCUAGAAAUCAGCUGUGUGCUUGCAUUUUAUUGUUAUGCUUUAAAGAAUUUUCCUAACCUAGCUUUUGUUUGUAAAAGAACGUUACUGUUAGAAGAUGAGUGAAAUGGAUAGUGAAAAAUAUUGCACGUAACCCCCUGUAUAUUGUCGGGUCAGGUAAAAUCUUGUACGUUACACGUUUCGCAAAAGCGUGUUUACAUCACUUAGGCAAAUUAUGCAACUCCCUUCUGCUCGUUGCACAACAUUCACCUGCGUGAUGUAAAAACGUUCUUACUACACUUGUAAGGUAAAUAGCUAUUAGGCUACUGCCUUUUGUCCUCUAGGAAGACAAUUUUUUAUGUGAAGAAACCUCCCUGGGUGUAAUUGCUGGGUGAACGCAAUUGGUUAACAUUUCAUGGGAUGUCACAUGUAUAAAGCAAUGUUGUUUAUAAUAACCAAUCAUAUCAUAUCACUGUUGUCGCAUCGGGUACGCCCUAUUUGUAAGCACCGCUAAGUUCUUCAUUGUUUUAUACAAAUUCUAACUUCGUACACUACUAAAACAACAUGUUUCCAAGCAAAACCGUGUACUGCAAAAACAAUUAUUAUUUAUAUGGAACCCAAACAUUUGUUUAGUUUUUAUAUUUAUUGUAAUUUUUUAUUCAGGUAAAUAAUACCUCCCUUAGAGUAGGUACUCUACUCUUUGUUCUUGCUUACGUUACAAAGUGCUUUCCUUUCCAUUAUGAACCAAUUAUUAUGGGUGGGUCCCGCUUUGUUCAGCAGGAUUUUUACUAACUGUGCCUCGUUUGAAAUGGUAAGUAAAGUGUUUGAUGCGUGUAAAGAAAGAUGCCAGUUUGUCAUGUUUAUAUCACUGUUAUAUUUUACUGAGUUUGUUUGGUCUUUUUAGAAUAGAUAUGUCUUAGUUUAGUGUAAAUAAGCUAAAAUAAUUAGUUUUCAAUUACAGUAACUUUUAUUUGGUUUGUGAUAAAAUAUACGUUGUAUGCUGUUAAAAAUACUGAAAUAGUGCCAUAUCUUUAAAUAAUCUUGUGCAAAUAUUGGAAUGACCAUGGAGAAUAUUUAUUUUUAUUUGUAAAUGUUGUGCUCAUUGAUCCAUUUGGAUUUUAUUCUACUCUAUGUCUUUCAAACAAUCUGCUGUGAUAAAAUGCAACUAACUGCGAUCUAUGCCUUAACAAGUGUUGGGUUUUAAUUGAA